ACGGGGCCUCCCAGGGUGCCUAGGCCGGCGGGGCCCGCCCCUCGGAGGCGCUUCGAGGGCCCUGGGCGGAGGGAGGGCCUGGGAAGGGUUCUCUCAGCCGAGCGUUGAGUGCCCAGAAGUGUUUGUCGAAUGCAAGAGAGCUUGUCCCCACAUCUCGAGGACAGCAUCAGCCAUUGAAGGCCUUCGAGCUCACAGACCUAGGUUAGGUUUGGCUUUCGUAUAGGUCGCUGCGCCGCAGAGUGGACGUGGAAGGAGAGAACCCUUACCAUGUUCACCAAGCAUCUGCCACUUCCCAGGCACUGCACUAACGGCUGAGAGGACUGCAGUGAGCAAGGCUCAGUUCCUGCUAAUGCAAAGGCAUUACAGUCAACUCCUGUGCACACCUUUGAACUCAGUGCGAGGUCUGCCCAGUAAACACCGACAAGAUCAUCUAGCUGGGCCUCUACAACUGAGAGCCAAUGGCAGGGGAUAGAACCCAACCAUGUGAGCUGGACCAAGAGAAAUACGAUGCUGAUGACAACGUGAAGAUCAUCUGCCUAGGGGACAGUGCAGUGGGCAAGUCCAAACUCAUGGAGAGAUUUCUCAUGAAUGGAUUCCAGCCACAGCAGCUGUCCACAUAUGCUCUGACUCUGUACAAGCACACGGCCACCGUGGAUGGCAAGACCAUUCUCGUGGACUUUUGGGACACAGCAGGCCAGGAGCGCUUCCAGAGCAUGCAUGCCUCCUACUACCACAAGGCCCACGCCUGCAUCAUGGUGUUUGAUGUGCAGAGGAAAGUCACCUAUAAAAACCUGAGUACCUGGUAUGCAGAGCUUCGGGAAUUCAGGCCAGAGAUCCCAUGCAUCGUGGUAGCCAACAAAAUUGAUGCAGAUAUAAAUGUGACCCAAAAAAGCUUCAAUUUUGCCAGGAAGUUCUCUCUGCCCCUGUACUUUGUUUCAGCUGCUGAUGGUACCAAUGUCGUGAAGCUCUUCAAUGAUGCAAUUCGAUUAGCUGUAUCUUACAAACAGAAUUCCCAGGACUUCAUGGACGAGGUUUUGCAGGAGCUUGAGAACUUCAAGUUGGAGCAGAAAGAGGAGGAUGCACCUGACCAAGACCAGAGUAGCAGGAUCGAAAACCCAUCCCCCUCCUGACCAGAGGGCUGCCUCUCAUGGCUGACUUGGGGAUGUGUGGGGGAGCCUUUGAAAAUACCCCUUCAGCUCUGAAUAGAAAAUCUCCUGGCCACCCCUGCUCAGCCUCCCAUAAACUCGCCCUAUAACAUAGGAUGAGAUUAGCAAUAGCAUCCUGGACAGGUAGGAGGUCCCCCAGACCUGCUUGCAACAGAAUUGGGGAUUGGUGUCUUUCAUACCUCCCAUCCCACCCUGAGCCGGCCAGUGGAAGGAACCAGAAAACAUAAUUGUGUGUCUCUUCACAGUAAACACACAUUUAGGUGUUUCUUGUUUUUUGUUUUUUCUUCCCCAAAUUGACCUCAGGGAAUGUACCUUGCAUUUCUUACAAGAGAAUGAUUGCUAUUCCCUGAUUACCCCAGGCCCCCACUGCAAAUGUGUAAGGCCUUGUCCUUUUUCCCCUCUAGUCUCCUCAGUCAACUUUUUAAAAGAUGUGUUUGAACAGACAGCUAUUCAUUCCAAGUUUUUGAGCACCUAAAAAUUUCAGGAGCUCUUGUAGGUCAGGCCAAAAUCACAGGAACAGGUUUGCCAUUAAAAUUAAAUGAUAGCAGGUAACAAGUCUAGCCAUACUUGGUCAUAUAAAUACACAAAGGAAAGUAAACAGUACUGGCUGUAAACAGCCAGACCAUGAGAAUACCUAUUUUGAUUAUAAGAAAGCAACUUUCAGAACUGCUCCCUUCGAAGCCUGUCUAUCAGCUUGGGAGUUAUUCCUUCAUUUCUCCAGGACAAAUGAGAUCUUGUGCCUCCCAGGGGUGGCCGAGGACUGCAGAGGAAGAGCUGUUCAGCUGCCUUUGAGCCAUACCCGUGUCCAAGGCUUGCUAGUGUGCUUUUAGGAUCAUCUUGGGCAUCAUUUGCAUUGGGGUCUUUAAUUUAUUGUCUGUAUUAUUUCUGUUUUUACAUUAAAGAUUGAAUUACCAAAAAAAAGUA